GCGGCACCGAGACCGAGCCCCGCUCGGCGGCGGCGCCGGGGCCCGGCGGGCCGGGGGUGGAAGAAAGAGAGAGGAGAGACAAGCGCUGGUUCUUCCAAGCAAAACACAUCCGUAAGAGGUUGUUUCACCCCUCUCCUAAGGGAUCAGUGUUUGCGGGACGGCUUCCAUCUCAUUCAGCCCUUGCCCUCGCCUGACUCCAAGCCAGCAGGGGCAGUUUGGCAUCAGGAUGCAUGUGUGCAUGGGGCUGGAGCAAUUCACACCUCCUGCACAGCUACUCCGCCAGCAGCGUGCGCGUCGCAUCACGGAUGCUCCUCUUGAGCGGCAGCAUCCCCAUGGCGCUCUUCACAGGAACCGGCGGCCAUCUUAACGGCACCGAUGCCAUUCCCUGUGGGGCAGGUAACACGACAGAGCCGGGCCUGCCGCGCUCACACGCCUACUACGCCCUCUGCUACUGCCUCCUGAUUUUGGCCAUCAUCUUCGGGAAUGUGCUGGUCUGCCUAGCCGUGCUGAGGGAGCGCGCCCUGCAAACCACCACAAACUACCUUGUGGUAAGCCUGGCGGUGGCGGACUUGCUGGUGGCUACUUUGGUGAUGCCGUGGGUGGUGUACCUGGAGGUGAGUGUGUCAGAGGAAAGACCAGCAGAGCUGAGCCGCAGUAUGAGUGCGUGCGCUCAGGUGACCGGGGGAGUCUGGACUUUCAGCCGCAUCUGUUGCGAUAUCUUCGUCACCAUGGAUGUCAUGAUGUGCACGGCCAGCAUUUUAAACCUCUGCGCUAUCAGCAUUGACAGGUACACCGCAGUGGUGAAACCAGUGCAGUACCAGUACAAUACUGGGCAGAGCUCCUGCAGGAGGGUCUCUCUUAUGAUUGUGAUAGUCUGGAUGCUGGCAUUUGCAGUGUCGUGCCCUCUCCUCUUUGGCUUCAAUACUACAGGGGAUCCCAGUGUCUGUUCCAUAUCCAACCCUAUUUUCGUCAUCUACUCCUCUUUGGUGUCCUUCUACCUCCCCUUCAUGGUGACCCUGCUGCUCUAUGUCCGGAUUUACCUCGUGCUAAGACAAAGACAAAAGAAGCGAACCCUCACCCGACAGGGCAGCCACAGCGCCAGCACCAAACCGUGCUGUACACACGAAGAACACAUCGAGAGGAAAUCUUUGUCAGACAGAUGCCAGGGCACCUUUUCCCCUUGUCUCCCGCUAAAACGCUCAGGCCAGGAGAUGUCUACCAAAAGGAAAUUGCUGACAGUCUUCAGCCUCCAGCGGUACCGCAGCUUCUGCCAAGAUGCAUCCCUCAGCAAGACACCAGGGACUACACAGCACAACAGGCUGGAAGAGAGGAGAAAGAGUAGGAGUCCAGGGCUGGAGGUGCAGAGGCUCAGCAACGGCAAAACCAUCAGCUCUCUGAAGCUAGCGCACCAGCAGCCCCGGCUGAUCCAGCUUCGGGAGAGGAAGGCUACACAGAUGCUAGCUAUCGUCCUGGGGGCAUUCAUAGUCUGCUGGCUGCCCUUCUUCUUGAUUCACAUCCUCAACGCCCACUGCCCAGCCUGCCGCGUGCCCCCGGGGCUGUACAGCGCCAGCACCUGGCUCGGCUACGUCAACAGUGCCCUCAACCCCAUCAUCUACACCACCUUCAACACCGACUUCCGCAGAGCCUUCCUCAAGAUCCUCUGCUGCUGAUGGCGGGGCUGGCGCUGAGCCGUGCUCGGCCCCCCUGCCUCCGUCAUGCUGCAGGUCGCAGCUGGGGCCUGGGCUGGGGACAUGGCGUGGGCCCUUCCCUCCUCCUGCUUUUCGAGCUGUGGGACGAGCAAGAGCCACCCCACCUGCAUGGCUGGCUUUGUGCAGCAAGUGUCAGAGCCUCUGCUUUGAAGAGCACAAAUCCUUCUCGCUGCUGGGGAGGGAGGGAAGGAAGACACAGAGGUGAAAUGGUGAGUCCUCCUACCACCACAGCCUUGGCCUGCUGGAGGCACCCAGCACACGAGCAGCAGCCCUGAGGCGAGGGCAGAACAUGACCGCUUUGAUAAGGAUCCUUAUCCCUUCAUUCAGGAGCCAAGGGCAAAAAUUUGGCAAGGAAACUUAGAGAGGGAACACUGAUGGAGAAACUGUAACAUCGCUGUUGACUCCAUCAAAAGUUUUGCCUAUAACGACGGAUCAGUUUCAGUGCUUGAGAAAAUUUCCCUAAAUGCAGACAAAACAUCCCCUUUAUUGUACUGUUCCCUGCAGGUGGAGAGGUGGCUGCCAUCCCUUUGCUGUGUCACACCGGUAGGGCAGAUUGCACAAGAAGUGCAGUGUUGUCAUAGGUACAGGUUAUAGGUACUCUGACCUUACACAGCCAGAGUAAGACCUAGAUGACCACCAGACCAGCCCUGCCCUAGGCCAUGUCAGAUUGUCUCGUGCCAGGGCAGCCUAAUGGUCUUCUUGUACAGAAAAACCUGUCUGGGGACAGUCUCGUUGUUUCUCCCAUCUGUUCCCCUCACUGUGCAGGAUCCAGUGACUCACCCGAGGCUCCAGCUCUCGCUCCCAAGCUUAGGCUUAGCUGCGCUGUUAGCCGCACUUGUUCGACAGCUUUGGGUGUAACCGCGUGUUGUCCCUGCCUUUGUCUAUGCCACAGCUCCUCCAUCGGGGCAGUACUUCCUCUCUUUCCUAACACAAAGCCAAGACUUUGUCCUGGAGCACAUAGCGGAGCUCCAGCUGCUUCUUUUGUUUGCGGGGUUUGGGGGGGAGACACUAGCAGACAGCAUGUGUUGUUUGUGCGGGGAGGUGCCCUCCGUACUGUAUUGUAACUGCAGUAACCCAAUAAAACACGUGUCUAACUGGAAGCUUUGGUGCCUUUGUGGUGAACGUAGCCCUGCCAUAAGCCUUUUCUCACCUGCAGCCUUCUUAACACCUUCCCUGCAUGAAAUGAUC